AUGACGCGUGCAGCUCCGACAAAUGUUUACAUAGUCGAGUACAUGUGCACCCGUUGUAAGGCCACGCGCCGUAGCGUACCAACAUUUGCUGAUCAACCAUAUACUGUGAAAAAUGAAGCCGCCGAAUGCAUUAAUGGCUUCAAGGAAACCAUCUAUCGUUGUGAAAUAAAACUCGUUGGGCGACAACGUCUAUUUAAUGGUACCAUGACAUACGGCGAGGACAUGGCUAGCGAUCACUUUAAAUAUCAAAUAGAAAUAUUUAACGCACCAGCCGGCGAUAAGCAGUUCAAGCGAUUGCCUUUGGGUGUGCCGCGCACCGCCAUUUGUGAGGGUUUUAAAGCAUAUUACGGCGAUUUUCUGCAGCCGUCGCUUAUUCACGGGGAAAAUACCGAUCUGCCUUAUAUGCCAGAGGAAGGUCUUUGCCCCUUCCCAAAAGGUGAAUACUGGUUUAAGAAUUUGCAGCUUAACACAGACGCUUGGCCGGAGCAAAUCCCGCGAGGUUUUGUAAAAGCAGUGAUAACAUAUUUCAAAGACGGCGUAGAUGUUGGUGGACUUUCAGUAACUUUGCGUAUCGAAGAUCGUGAAUAA